GGCUGCAGCUAUGCUGUGCCCUGAAACACUUGUGCUAGCACUGAGUACUCCCGACCCUGCAGAGAUACGAAGGUUUGGAGCAGAGACAUGACUGUGAGCUAUUUUUACUUAACAGUUGAACUUUGGAAGAGAAGAAGUAAGGGAUAAUUUCUUUCAGUUGGAGUUUGCACGUUUUGUGACUAUUAAAAACUUCAAGACGACUGCUGAGUAAAGACAGCUCCUUGAAGUGCCAGAUGGAAAAGAGCAAGAGAACUGCCUGCUGCUUGACACAGAAAGGGGAUUUUCACAAGCCUUGUUUUGGGGUCUUCCCCCAGCCUGCCCUGUUGGUGUGCCAGGCUCUUUGCUGUGCUACAGUUUCUGUCAUGGGGGCCCAUCCAGACAUGAGAUAAGUAGCCCCCUCAUUAAUUACAUGACAGAAUACUGACUUCAAACAGCAUCUUCAUCACUCAAACAGCAGCACCAUCACUUCAUUCAGCAGGUCUGCAUCACGGCUCCGUGCUGCUGGGAUCAGCACGGCUCUGUUCCAGUUCCUGCUCGCCUUGUCCAUAAAAAUUUGAACACGAUCCAGGCUACAGAGGUUGCAGUGGAUAAGAAGUUUAAAAGCUUUGGUUCAAGAUUACAGGAGGCUGCAAGAAAAGUUAAAGACAUGGAAAUGAGGAUCGAAUGACAGGCUGCUAUUUUGCCUCAGAAUACUGAAGAUUGUAAAGCAUUGAGAAAUCGAAUUCAUGACCCUGGAAAUCAAGCUCAGAUUAAGAAAUGUCAGGCAUUCGACCUCCGAUCAUGAAUGGGCCCAUGCACCCACGCCCUUUGGUAGCAUUGCUGGAUGGCAGGGAUUGUACAGUAGAAAUGCCGAUUCUGAAGGAUGUAGCCACAGUGGCAUUUUGUGAUGCUCAGUCUACACAAGAAAUUCAUGAAAAGGUACUAAAUGAAGCAGUGGGUGCACUGAUGUAUCACACUAUCACUUUAACACGAGAAGACCUGGAGAAAUUUAAAGCACUUCGAAUAAUUGUCCGAAUUGGCAGCGGUUUUGAUAAUAUUGACAUCAAAUCUGCUGGAGAUUUAGGGAUUGCAGUAUGUAAUGUGCCAGCUGCCUCAGUAGAAGAGACAGCGGAUUCUACCAUGUGCCACAUUCUGAACCUGUACAGACGAACCACCUGGCUUCACCAGGCUCUGCGAGAAGGCACGAGAGUACAAAGCGUCGAACAGAUUCGGGAAGUGGCUUCUGGAGCUGCCAGGAUCAGAGGGGAGACCUUGGGCAUUAUUGGAUUAGGGCGUGUUGGGCAAGCAGUAGCACUACGUGCCAAAGCCUUUGGCUUCAGUGUGAUUUUUUAUGACCCAUACCUCUCAGAUGGCAUGGAGCGUGCUCUGGGACUGCAGCGGGUGAGCACUUUGCAGGACCUGCUGUUCCACAGUGACUGUGUUACCCUGCACUGCAACUUGAACGAACACAAUCAUCAUCUUAUUAACGACUUCACUAUAAAGCAGAUGAGACAAGGGGCUUUCCUGGUCAACACAGCUCGAGGUGGGUUAGUAGACGAAAAAGCACUUGCACAGGCCCUGAAGGAAGGAAGGAUACGAGGGGCAGCCUUAGAUGUACAUGAGUCAGAACCAUUCAGCUUUAGUCAGGGCCCCUUGAAGGAUGCACCAAACCUGAUCUGUACCCCACAUGCAGCGUGGUAUAGUGAACAAGCCUCAAUUGAGAUGCGGGAGGAAGCAGCACGAGAGAUCCGAAGGGCAAUCACAGGUCGUAUUCCAGACAGUCUGAAAAACUGUGUUAACAAAGAUCAUUUGACUGCAGCUACACAUUGGGCCAGCAUGGAUCCCGGAGUUGUUCAUCCAGAGCUUAAUGGUGCUGCAUACAGCAGGUAUCCCCCAGGUGUUGUAAGCGUGGCUCCAACUGGCAUACCUACGGCAGUAGAAGGAAUAGUCCCCAACCCUAUGUCUUUAUCACACGGCCUCCCUGCUGUAGCCCACCCGCCCCAUGCUCCUUCCCCCGGCCAAACUGUCAAACCAGAAGCUGAUAGAGACCACCCGAGCGACCAAUUGUAGCCUAUGAAAACAGCAUUCCCAACAUCAGAGAUUUCAACUUCAGCGUGUGGAAAAAAAAAAUAACCAAACACAAAACCCUGGAUUUUGAUUAAAGGCAAAACCAUGAACUUACAGGAGGAGACGAUUAUUGUUUUAGAAACUGGUCCAAUAUACAGUAUAAAAGGAAAAGGUGGGAGACAAAAAGAAGAUUUGGAAGCAUUUUUUCCUCCGUAUAAAUUGUAGUUUGUCCCUGUCCAGUGGACUGAUUCACUGUUUCUGUGUCCUAUGGGUUCUUUGUUAAGCAAGAGAAGUUAGUAGUUAAUUAUAUCAUGAAUGUACUUGUCUGUGUACAGUUUUUAGAACAUUAAAAAGGGUUUGUUUGCUUAGCUGUCAACAAGGAAAAACAUAAGGGAGGCAUUCAACAAACCAAUUUUGAGAUUAAAAAUCUUUUCUUUUAUAUUUUAAAACAUGCCCAAAAAUGAGGCAGUUGGCAAACUUCUCAGGACAAUGAAUUUUUCCCAUUUUUCUUUCUACGCCACACAGUGCAUUGUUUUUUCUACCUGCUUGUCUUAUUUUUUAGAAUAAUUUAGUAAACAAAAGAAAAACCGUUUCUCCUAAUUUUGGCAUGAAUUCCCUUAUUUCAAAAUGAAGACAACCUUGCAAAGAGAUUUUGAGGAAAAAAAAGGUUUUGUAUAAACGAGCAUUGUGCUUUUUGUCACCAGUUAAAGUAUAUAUUAUUGGUGGUAUGCGAAAAAGGCACUAGACUACUGAAAAGUAGCAGCAUUUCAUUGCCUACAUUGAUUCCUUCCUGGUAAUGUGGUAGGCUAGCAAUAUUUUUGGUUAAAAUCAUGUUUGUGACUGUAACCAUUUGUAUGAAUUAUUUUAAAGAAAUAAAAAUCCCAGACAAAUAUCAUAUGUGUAAAAAUUUUUAUUUCUAGUAACUGUUUAUUCAACUUUUAUUAGGUUUCUUAGCUGUAAUUUUUAAACAGAUGCUGUCAAGUAUUUCAUUUCUAGCUUUACUUUGCUCUCUGUUGUUUGUAAUACCGUCUUGGAAGCUUGAAAAAUAAUAAAAAAAAAAAAUUCUUUCCAUACCAUUUUUCCCUUUACAUUUCGUAAAUGUUGAUCUUUUUUUCCUGUGUUUCUAAUGGAGUUUGAAAUUAAGAUGGAUUUUGAUUUGUACACCGGCAUCAUCAGCUACAAUAUGGUAACAGCAUUUAUGCUACCACUGUGGGCAGAGCAGAGCAGGUACAACAGCAACACGACAAUAAUAAUAAUAAUAAACGUCUUUUGCCGAAGUCCAA